AUGAUCUUCUUCUUCAAGCAAAUAAGAGACAUCUUCACCAAGUCUCAUAGCACCUCGCAGCAGAUAAAGCUAUCGCGACGGGCGUUUUUCCAGCUGCUGGGCUACCUGGCCAGUUGUACAGUUCUUUCCUUCAUCUCGCAGUCCAAGUACUUGCACUGA